AUGCUUCAGAGACUCGCCCAGCUAAAUGUCGACGCAAGCAAACAAAUAUCGAGUCUGGAGCUUCUCACGUGGAACGGGCCCGGGGUGCUUGACUACUGCAGCGAGGCGAUCAAGACGCCAGAGUUUGAUCCGUUCGCGCAGAUGAUGAACACCACGGCCGAGCUUGGCAAUAUCAUUGAAGAGUUCAUGCCGCUGCAUGCCAGCGUGCCCAAGACGGCUGAUAGCCUCACCAUGCCCAUUGCACUCUUGUGCGUGUCGUGCUACCUGCAACUGCUGCACAUCUUUGAUUACACCUUUAGCCGUGUCCAUGUGCUGUUGAGUGGCGUCCCGGAUAUCGACCAGUUCUUCGAUCUGGCACCGAAAUUUAGUCUUCACCCAGGCCUGCCUCCCGUGAAGGGGCGGUUCUACCUCAAGAUUAUGGUCCAGACGAUCAAGCAUCAGCUGGGUAAUGUAGAGCAGCUCCUGCGUCUCCCUCCGGGUACAUCCGUCAUUGGGAGAUCUGUACCGGAGUAUGGCUUUUGUGUAUCGACAAUAUUCCAUAUUGCAAUGGAGCAAAGUCGUGACAUGUCGAAGAGAACGACUGGCGUGAUGGUGGAGUCCCUGAAACGUAACAUGGAUUAUAUUUCGGGUUUAGCAGCAGAAUAA